CUACUCCAAAGAAUCCAUGCAGAAAGAAGAAGAUGGUGAACAGGAGCGUUUCCUUCCUGUGGCCAACAUCAGCCGAAUAAUGAAACAAGCCUUACCUCCAAACGCCAAAAUAUCAAAAGAAGCCAAAGAGCAGAUGCAAGAAUGAGUAUCCGAAUUCAUUUCUUUCAUUACCUGAGAGGCCUGAGAGAAAUGUAAGCUUGAUAAGAGAAAGACUAUUGCUGGGGAUGACGUACUCUACUCUCUCAAUAUCCUAGGGUACGAAAAAUACAUGGACUGACUCAACCUCUUUGUCAAAUACUACAGAGAGGUGAUGAAGGAACAUGAAGAAGUGGCUACCAAAGAAGAUAAUAAUUAAACUAAGGCAACACCAAACCUUGGGUGAGUAAGAAAAUCUCCGGUUAUUUUUGUCAACACAAAUAAAUU